AUGGCCGCCGAGGACGCGCUGGGCGAGCUCUACGCCUGGGACUCGACCAUCGAGGACGACGUGGCGCUGCCCGCGGGCGACCCCAAGCGCGACGAGGACAAGACGGAGGACGCGUACGAGCAGAUCAUCCACGCGGCCAGCAGCGACGCCGGCGACGUGGUGCUCAGUCUGGCGGCGCAGCUGCUGCACAAGCACUUCUUCCGCUUCCCGCACGUGCAGCUCAACGUCGUGGACGUGCUGCUCAAGCUCUGCGGGCCCAAGCGCUCGCAAGCCGUGCGCAUCCACACGCUGCGCGCGCUGCUGCAGAUCGCCAAGACGCCGCCGGCCGCCGCCGCCGCCAGCACGCCCACGUCCGCCGCCGCCAUCGCGCGCAAGAACACGCGCAUGUGGCUGCAGCGCAUCGACGAGGCCGUGCAGCACAUGCUGGACACGGAGAAGUCCUCCGUCAUCCUGCGCCAGGUGACGAUGCUGCGCCACACGCUCGAGGAGCGUCUGCUCACGGACCCGGAGGGAAAAAGCAAGGCCGCUGCGGACGCCAGUGGCGACGACCAGAGGAGCACCCAGACGUCGCCCUCGGAGCGCAGCCGCAAGAAGCCCAGGGACGAGAGCGACGCGGCGGACGCUGACGGCGCCGUGUCCGCCGAGCGCGACCCGAAGAAGGCCAAGCACGACGACGACGCCAAGCCUCCGACCGAGAACAGCAACAUUAUCAAACUGAACCGCGAGCCGAGCAGCGACAAGCAGCAGAUUCUCAACGGCCGCCUGGUCGAGAGUGAGGGCCGACGCCGCACCGUCAGCGCCUUCUCGCCGCGUAACUGCCCACCCUGCCCGUACCUGUUCCUCGGCAGCGUGCCCCGCCACACGCCCAGCGACGACAUCGUGGAGUUCCUGACCCCAGUGUGGCCCGAGAUUAACAAGAUGAGUGUGCAGAUCAAGCAGCCGGACCACAACGCCACGGCCUACGCGUUUGUGAGCAUGCCGACGAUUGAGCACGCGCGUGAAGCCAUCCACUACGUCAACGCGAACAAGUUCCGUGGCCGAGCGUUCCUGAACGCGAACUUCGCGCGCGGUCCGCCUGUGGACACUGUGCUGUUUGUGGAGCGAACGGGUGAAGAUGUGAGCAUGGAGGACAAGGGAGCUGUGCGUGACUUUGACUUUACCAAGUGUGACCCCGAGGUGUGGGACAAUUUGUGCCAGCAGCUGGAGCGCUUUGGUCCGCUGUCUUUCGCUGAGAAUGGCUGCGUGCGGUUCCGCAACGUGGAGCACGCCAAGGCGGCCAUCCGCAAGCAGCUUUUCACUGUGAAGGGCUACGAAAUUUUCCCCGUUUACGACACGAAGGAACAGUUUUCAAUUGAUUCGACGCGUCAUGGAGGCAUUCCGCACAGCAAACAAGGGUUUGCUCUGAAGUCGGGACGUCUUGUUGGAGGAGAUACGGACUAUCGCAGCAGUAAGAGGCGCCACUACAGGGAGGAUGAUGACCCCAUGGAUGGAACAAGUGGACGUCGGGCGCAUGAUCGAGUGGCGUCGCUUAAAUAUGGGGAGCGUAGUGGCAGCGCCCGUAGCCCACCUCGUAGCGACCGUGGAAGUGCUCGUGGACGAUCUCGUUCCCGCUCGCCGAGGCCUCACAAUGUUAGUGGUCGUUACGUUGUGCCGAUGGAGGGACCUCCAAGCGAGCGUCGAUUGCCUCACUCGCGCUCUAGAUCGCCUGUUACCUUGGCGAAGCAAGUUUCUCGCGAAGGUGGAUACGGUACACCAUCAGACAAGGAGAACCGUCGUGAGUACCGUGGCAAAUAUGGCCACAGAUCCCUGUCGCCAGUGGAUAUCAGAAACCAUGAGAGUUCUGUUCCUGUUGAGGAGGUGCGUGGGCGACCUCGUGAGCGCGGUGAGCGCGAUGGUGCUUGGAUGGGAUCACGUGAAGAAUCUCGUGAGCGUCGUGGACCGAGAGAUGAAGGCCGAGGACGCGGUAGCUUCCACCGCGGUUCGUCUCCGUCCCCCUCCUCCUCGUCGAGGCGUAGCCGGAAGGACGACCACCGCUCAAGCGAUUACCGACGUGGAGGUAACUCUCAUGAAGAAGUCCGCCAAUCGUACCGUCGUGAAGAAGAGGAGCGGGGUAGGAUGCCCCCGCCACCGCUCUCUGGUGGUGUGCUUCAGCUCCCCCGCAGCCACAGUCGUAGUCCACCACGAUUUGGAAAGUACGCGGGAGGGUCAUCCAAGAGCCGUCCCCGGUCUCGCUCCCGGUCGCCCCCGCAAGACUUGAGGAUGGGAAGCAGUUCGCACUCGCGAACAGGUGGAUACCGCGGACGUGACGACCGUUUAGUCGGCAACCAAGUUCCUGAAGACCGGUCUGCUUUCCAGCCCGAGCGUCCGCGCUAUGCGGAUGACCGCUCCAUUGCCGAGGUUGCUCGUGACGAACAGCAAGAACGUCAACGUUUUUUCCAGCAGCAAAACCAGGGCCGUCGAGACUAUCAUGAUUCUGAUUUGAGUCGCUACGGUGGCGGUCGUGGCGGUGGCCGUGGUGGAGGCCGAGGACGCGGCAGCAGAAGUGAGCGACCGCGCCCGGAGUAUCAGGACCAACCGUCUUACCGUGGUGGUGGUCGUAAUGGAGCGAUGUACCCCCCGCAGCGCCGCUCUCCGUCCCCUCUACCCCCACCCAGCCACCACCGCUCGCAGUCUCCUCCGCCCCAGUCCCGUCGGCGCUCACCUUCGCCUCUUCCGCCUCCCUCUCAGCAACGUGAAUCCUACGAGCGUGGAAAACGUGGCGAGUAUGUGCCGCGCGGCCGUGAUGCUGGGUAUUCCCCUCCGCCGUCGCCGCUCCUGCAAUCCUACGGCCCCGGGCCGUCGGGUCCGUCUGACCGCCAGGAGUUUGAUUUGGAGAUGACAGACCGAGACGGUCGUGAACCCAGCCGCCACGAGCGACGUCACCACUCGCGCCGUGAUCGAAGUCGGGAUGACAAGGGCCACCGCAGUCACCGCGACCGUGACCGCCGAGAGAAGCGUUCGUCUCGCCCUGAGCGCUCGCUCACUCCUUCACCUGUUCGUCGGGACCUUGCCUCUUCGUCAACUGGACGGAAGUCGAAUGGACCUUCUCCGCGUCGGUCUUUCAGCCGCCGCAAUGACGGUGAUAACCAGGCAGAGGAAGCCUCUGGAAAGGACAAACUAGCUCGAUCGAAGGACGAGGAUGACUCGGAGCCGCAGCAGAAGGAGAUGAAGAAUGGAGGAACGCGCAUGGCGCGUGACGAGCUGUUCGCGGGCAUGGAUGAUUUGACCGUGGACUAUGAAGAAGACGACGAGUAAAGCAGCACAGAUUGCAUUGCUGAUGCACUGUGAAGUUGCCAAGUGAGGCAAGUUUGACAGGAAGUUGUGGCGUCGUUGGUUGGGCAUGCAUGCAUUGACUUGAAUUGGUCUGACCUGAACACGCUGGUGGCCUCAGCGCAAGAUUUAAGCGUGAAGUAUCGUGCCUUGUCGAGUUGCUGAGACUCACGAAGGAGGACGCUGGGAGAAACGUGUAUUGCUUUCUAAUACGUGCGAAUCUGCUUGAUGU